AUGCUGUCCGCUCGUCCCGCCGGCCGCCUGCGCCUCGCUGCGCGUUUUGUCGUCUUCGCUACCGUCGUCUGCGUCCUCCUCUGGAUCAGCGGCUUCCCCAGGCAGUACGACGACGAGGAGCUGCCGCAGUCGCAGCGCCCCAAGGCGCCCUCGCUCGCUCCGCAUGCCGUCGACUCCGACCAGCUCGUCGUUUCCGUCAAGACGACCGCCUCCGACGCCUGGGCCGCGCUCCCGCCCCUCCUACUCCUGACGCACGCGAAAUACCACGACAACUUGCUGCUAAUGGGAGACCUGCACAUGGACCUUGGCGCCUUCCACGUGCACGACGUGCUCGACCGCUACAGUGCCGAUUUCGUGGCCGCCAACGACGAGCUGCAGCGCUAUCGACGGCAGCUCGAGUUCGCCCUCACGAGCACAGACUUCCGCAAGCUCAAGGCCCACGAGCUACACGAGGAGAAGGAGAUUUUGGCAAGGCUGGACAAGUACAAGGUCUUGCGCAUGCUGGAACGCGCGUGGGAGACACGCCCGGCGCGGCGGUGGUACGCCUUCGUCGAACCCGACAGCUACCUCGUCCGCUCGAACCUGCUGUCCUGGCUCGGCCAGUUCGACCCGGCAGAGCCAGUCUUCUUCGCCAACCCUCCCUUCGCCGCCUGGAGCAGCCCCUUUGCUAUGGGCGGCAGCACCUUCAUCCUCUCUGAGGCGUCCAUGCGCGCGCUCAUUGUAGACCGCCCCGACGUCAUUCCGCACUUCGACUCCCGCCUUACGGACCACAAUUCGGCCUACGGCGUGCUAACCGCGGUCCUGUCCACUGCCCUCAGCCUCGGCCCGAACAAGACCUGGCCAGGCAUUUCGGGCUUCAAUCCGGCCACCAUCCCUUACGGCCCGGGCCUGUGGUGCGAGCAGAUCAUGGCCAUGCAAUCCAUGCCGACAGAGCUCGCCAGCGAGGUGUGGCGCCUUGAACGAGACCGAGAAGAGUAUCAACACCUGAAAGAACCGCUCCUUUUCGCAGACAUCUGGAUCCGCUUCAUGCAGCCCGAAAACCUAGACGACCCGAGGGAAGACUGGGACAACCUUUCAUCGGGCCCAGAGUACGGGCAGUGGAAUAUCCUGUUCGACAGUGUCGAGCACGGUUCCCAUCACCACCGUCACAGCGACGCAGGAGGAAAAGCCCACGACGGCGAGGAGUCAUGGCAAGCAUGCCGCGACUCUUGCAAUGAGAGUAGCCUCUGCGUCCAAUGGUCGUACUCGACUAUUCCAUCGCCCAAUCACAACGAGAAUGGCAACACGAAAUGCCACCUGAGCAGGAGCAUGAGAUUCGGAGCUCAAGUGGAUCCGAAAGAGGUGCAGACUGACGGGGAGACUGAGCUGCUGCGAUGGACGAGCGGAUGGCGGAAAGACAAGUUCCUGACACACUUGGCGCCCGUUCAAAACCGUAGGAAGUGCCUGAGAUUAUCUGGUCGUCGCUUGGCCGUCUCCUACAUCCCUUUCACUCAGCCGAAGGCGAUUAGCAACGCGACUCUCGGGCCGAAAGUUUAUCCGGGAGCUCCUCGUCAACACAUUGCCUGCUCACCACGACCCCGCGUCUUGGUAGGCACACAGCCCUCUUACAAGCAGCAAACGGGGCAAAAACCUGCAACCAAAACGCGAACCGGACUCGUUCUCGACGCCACAUUUGCCGACAUGAAAGAGGCGAGCAUGACGAGCUCCAGUACGUCUACGAAGGGCCUGCUGAAACAACACUCUAGUCUGACCGAUGUAGGAGAUGGCGGCCUACGCAAAAUCAAGUCCGAGAGCUCAAACACGAGCCCAGCGCCACCAACUCAACUCCAGGAUCUUUACGAAUAUGCCAAGCAGCGCGGAGUGAGGCAUGUCUUCGACUUGCUUCCUGCGGAGAAUGACUACGUCUUCGAUGACGUACCAGACAGCAAGGCUAUCAGACGUGGAGAGCGAAAAUAUCACCCAAAGCGACUCUUGCUCGGACAACGCCACAACCACACAGCAUGGGCAUACUUGAGGUACGCGACCUAUGUCGAGGUUAUCUUCUACAUGGAGACGACAACGAGCCUCCAAUACGCUACGAUCGAGGACAUGCAUAAACUACCUCUUAGAGAGCCCUUUAGCAUCUUUACCGCUCCAGACCUCAGGCCCAACGCGCAUAUACAACUCAAGGCACUCAUCAAAUAUGUCUUUCUACUAAAGAGGUUGGAGGACACUGUCUUUGCCCGCAGUGGGAGCAACACGCAUGUCAUGGUCAUAGGCGCUUUGAGGCGGAUCCGGGAUUUCCACAACAAAACCACUGGGCCAGACGGAGCUCAGCAAGCUCAACUCCCUAGCACGCUAGAGGCUUCUAGUCCUGGCGGCCCAGAUGCUUCUCCAGGACCCCAGGGCAAAGACGCCGGAAGAGCCUCCGGCAGCCUGUCUGGAUCGAAACGCCGGCUUCAGCCACUGUCGCAUCCUCUCAGCGGAAGGCUCGGUGCGGUAUCCAUUCUUUCCGGCACAAAGGUCGCAAAGGGAUCUUCUAAUCCUUCGCCGACCCCAGCGUCGAGCUCGCUCGGCUCAGGCACUCCAACCGUGCCCAAACGAGCCUCCGGCAGCACAUCCCAUGAGCUCUCCCCCCUCCCAUCAAACCCUUCACAAGGAAACGCUCCCAAGGAGACCGCCUACGAUGCCCUCACCGCAGCCAAGGCCAUGCUUCGCCACCUAAACCGCACACGUCGCGCGGCACCUGGGAACGACCUCCAGCACAUUAUGGCGCAGAUCCAGGACGAGGAAUCCCAGGACAGAAAGCUGAGGAAGCGGUUGAAGGAAGCCAGGCGCUUGCUCAAGGCGCGGAGGACGCGCCGGGACCAGGCUAUGGACCGGUUGAUGCAGACCCGCGCGAAGGAGGUCAGGAAGUAUUUGAGGAAGAGGCGCUGA